AUGGAGCCCUAUGGUGGUGGUGGCGGGGGUGGAUAUGGUGGAGGUGGUGGGGGUGGAUAUGGUGGAGGUGGUGGGGGUGGGUACGGUGGAGGUGGCGGAGGAUACGGUGGAGGUGGUGGGGGUGGGUACGGUGGAGGUGGUGGGGGUGGUUUCAUCCAGAACUCUCAGGGAUUUUCUUCGUCUCCAGGCAUUGGAUCAUCUCCCAGUGGAGGGAGGGGACGAGCGGGGAAACCCCAGGCAGUCAAACCAAUGACAGCGGCACAGCUGCAAACGGUUGAGGACACAGGAGAAAACGUGUUCAAAGUGGACGGCAAAGAUAUAGGAAUGGUGUCCCUAGUUGGAGAAGUUAUGGAGGUCAAAGAGAGUGCUACUACUAUGGUCUACAUACUCGAUGAUCGCACCGGGCCAUGGGUCAAAGUUCAGCGAUGGAUAGAGGAUCAGUCGGCACCUGUUGACCCCACCGAGAGGUCAACAUGCAGGGAGGGGAUGUACGUGAAGGUCAUCGGUAAUAUAAAGACGUUUAACAACCAGAAGAGUGUGACUGCAUUCUCUGUGUGUCCCAUUGAGGACUUCAAUGAGGUGACACACCACCUGUCUGAAGUGAUGGUGGGUCACUUGGCUGCCACCAAAGGAGCCCCUGUGCCUGAGCAGUUCAAAGGUCACCAGACCUCUUCGGAGGGGUGGGGGGCACCGAUGGCCACUAGCACACAGAUGACGACCCCCAACAGAGGAGGGGGCGGCAUGUACUCCGGGGCACAGCAGCACGACUCGGGACUCAAUCCAGUGCAACAACAGACGCUCAAUGUGAUAUCGGGUUGCCAUAACGACCAUGGGAUAAAUAUCAAGGAGCUCAUCAAGACCAUGAGUCAGCACGGCCACGUGGAGGCGCCAGUCAGGAAUGCAGUUGACUUUCUGUGCAAUGAGGGACACAUUUACUCUACGGUGGAUGAUGACCAUUACAAGUCCACGGACGCUUAACAAACUCUCUGUAUAGUUCUGUAACGGUAAUAAUAAUAAUUCUCUUUCGCAUUGUUUCAACCUUAUGACAUGUCACACAUUCCAAAACAUUUAUGUGCAAUUCAUACCACGAAAUUGUUCCAAGUAUAUUAAAUGUCACUGUUUUUCAUCUUUAUUUUGAGAUUCUUGAAAAAUCUGCAAAAAAAUUAAUGAUCAAAAUUUUAAUUUUUAAA